UAGUGAAACUCAGCAGAUCUAAAGUGUGUGGGUUUUAAAGGUUGAAGGUCUGGUUUGUCCUCAGCUACUUCAGGUGUGUCUGUCUCGGGCUGCAGGUUCCCAGGUAAUAAAUUUAAUUUAUUUAUUUUAUGAUYGCAGCAGAAAGAUUUAAAUACAGACUCGGUGGAAGUGAAGUUCCUUUCUGUCAUCAGGAACCUCAGGUGGUUCGUGUCCUCAGGACUCAGUUUUUUAAAUUAAUGAUCUAUAUUUGAAGUUCUGCACCUGCAGUCGGUGUUUUGUUGAGUUCGACAGGAGCUCCAGCCUCAACAUGACAGUUUCUUACUCUCUGGAGGUGGCCAACGUCAGGUUUUAUGGAUUCUCCAGGCUUCUGUUCAGGUGGAGGGGAAGCAUCUACAGACUGCUGUAUAAGGAGUUCCUGGUGUUUUGUGCAGUUUACCUGUUCUUCAGCAUCUUUUACAGGUUUCUCCUGACCUCGAAGCAGCAGGAUCUGUUCGAGCGAGUCGCUCUUUACUGCGACCAGUUCACCAACACCAACUUCAUCCCUGUCCUGUUUGUUCUGGGUUUUUAUGUGACCCUGGCCUUCAACCGGUGGUGGGGUCAGUACACCAGCUUCCCGCUGCCCGACAACCUGAUGAUGGUGGUUUCGGGAAACGUCCAYGGGUCCGACGAGACGGGCCGGCUCCUGAGGCGGACCCUCAUGAGAUACGCCAAUCUGUCCUCGGUCCUGAUCCUGCGCUCCAUCAGCACCCGGGUCCUGAAGCGGUUCCCGACCCUGGAGCAUGUGGUGGAGGCUGGAUUUAUGACGACGCACGAGCUGAAGAAGUUCGARUCUCUGCACUCGGACUUCAACAAGUACUGGAUGCCCCUGACCUGGUUCUCCAACCUGGCUUCAAGGGCCCGGGAGGAGGGCCGRGUGAGGGACGACAUCGCUCUGAGGCUGCUGAUGGACGAGCUGAACAACUACAGAGCAAAGUGCAGCCUGCUGUUCCACUACGACUGGAUCAGCAUCCCGCUGGUCUACACUCAGGUGGUGACGAUCGCAGUUUACUCGUUCUUUGCCUUCUGUGUGAUCGGACGACAGUUCCUGAAYCCCGAGAAGGGCUACAGAGGACAAGAGGUGGACAUGUACGUCCCCGUCUUCACCCUGCUGCAGUUCUUCUUCUACACUGGCUGGCUGAAG